AUGGUGUCGUCGUUGAUUAUCGGUUCCCAAGCCGCUGUCCUGAUUGACUUGCCUCUGGCGAUUCAGCAGGCGGAGGCACUGGCUGAUUGGGUAAACCAGACAACUGAUAAACCACUAGUUGCUGCCUUCACGACGCACUUUCAUCCGGAUCACUACCUCAGUGGCGCUGCAUUGUUGUCGCGAUUCCCGGCCGCGAAAUACUAUGCAAAUUCGAAGGCGGCGAAAUUGAUAGAGGGGGAAGCAGACAAAAAGAUCAAAGCUAUGGGUGCAGUGCUUGGCAAAGAUGCUGUUGUCAGCAAGGCUCAUAUACCAAGCCCAUACGACUUCUCAUUCUUCACCCUGCCCGGCGACGAGGCCACGCCCAUUCAUUUCUUAAGUCCACUUGUCGGGGAUACAAUCGACGAAACGCUCUUUUGGAUACCAUCGAUUGAAACCUUGAUUGCUGGUGAUACUGUAUACGGCCACGACAUGCAUCUUUGGCUUGCCGAUCUCCUGACAAAGUCGCUCACGGAUUCCUGGCUGUCGACGCUUGAUCUAAUUGAUCAUCUGAGACCUAAGGUGGUCAUUCCUGGUCAUAGCUUGUCGAAUUCCAAGUUUAGUCACUCGAUUGAUGUCGAUCAUACACGCGCGUAUGUCCGCUUUUGGCAGAAGGAAAUCGAGUCGAAAGGAACAAAUCAUUACACACCGCAAACUAUUUUCAACAAGCUCAAUAGCGCCUUUCCUGGUUUGCUAGAUUUGAACUCCUCGACGUCGGCAUUUUUACUCAACAGCACAGCAGAGCAGUUUGGGCAUGGUGGAACACGUCAGAUUCACUAUGUGAAUUUGGCUUCUUACAAUAACAUUGGAUUGCUAGACGAGUGGAACGUUUAG